AUCCCACAAAUCCUCAGAUCUCCCCCACACCAAUUUCCACCAAACCAAAUUUACCAUUUCUCUCUAAUGUCAAUCCAACCCAAUCCAAUUCAUCACACCCAGCCAUGAGUAACCAGGCUGAAGCUUCGGACUCAUUCUGUCAUUCUGUCGUUGUUUUCACAUCUCUCCAUUUAUAUUUGGUUAAAUAAAUCCUGUAUUUUUUCUUUAGGGGAUUUUCUUGGAUGAUUUUUCCCUUUGUUCUCGUGGGUUGAAUGUGGUUUGCAGGAAAGGAACGAAGGGGAUUUCAGUACGCCGAUUGUAGAGAGGAAGAAGUCGCCCAAUCGGCUCGUUGUCGAUGAGGCAAUCAAUGAUGAUAACUCCGUCGUGGCCCUACACCCGGAAAGCAUGGAAAAGCUUCAGCUUUUCCGCGGCGACACCAUCUUGAUUAGGGUUCUUUCCCUCUUUCUGGCAAUGGGUUUCAGAAUUGUUUGAUCGUUUUCGUAGCUGGCUUUGACUUGAUUUUUCAUUAUGGUUAGAGUUUGUGAGGAUGUGUACAUUAGUGGUCUGGAUGGUAUAUUAAAUGGUAAUUUUGGACUACUCGAUUGAGCGGUUUACUGGAUCUGUGAAAUUUUGGUGAUAUUUUUGCUAAAGAUUGGACUUUUGGAAACAUUUGCUCGUGAAAUGCACAGUGGAGAUUAGCUAGGGAUAAAGUAGUAAGUAAAACUUUAAGCCUUAGUUACUGUGUUUAGCUGUGUCAGUGCUUAUCCAUUCUGUUUACUUGCAAUUUUGCUACUAUUGAAAGGCAAAUUAGCCCAGGUAUCUUCUUGCUUUAGAAUAUAUGCUAGUGGAUAUUUGGAAUAUGCACCCCUGAAUAUGGGGUAUAAGUUCCUGUAAAUCUUUUACUUGAUUAUCUUUUGAAUCUGAAGACUUCCAUUUUCCUAUCAAAGAUGCCAAGGAACUAGUUUGUGUGAGCUAGCAAUUGUAAAACUUUUUUUGUGUCGCGCAGGUUAGGGAGCUAUAUUUAUCUUCUUGUGAUUUGGAGUAUACAUGUCCUGUUUAAACAUGUCCAAGAUUUGCGAGCUCCUCUACCGCUGCCCACCCAUUACCCAACACCAACCAUCUGCCGCUCGUCCCCCGGAGGAAAAUGGCCGGCACAUACCGGAAACCCCAUGCAAUUAUGAUCCCAUAUCCUUAUCAAGGUCACAUUAACCCCUUUGUACACCUAGCGAUCAAGCUUGCCUCCAAAGGUUUCAUAAUCACUUUUGUUAACACCCAAUCAGUGCACCACCAGAUCUCCAAAGCGCAAACGGGCAGCAGAAGAGAUGACAUUUUCGCCAAAGCCCGUCAAUCUGGUCUGGACAUACGUUACGCCACCGUCAGUGAUGGGUUCCCGCUUUCUUUUGAUCGAUCCUUGAACGAGGAUCAAUUCGUGGAAGGCUUAAUACAUGUUUUCUCUGCCCACAUCGAUGAACUAGUGGGAAAUUUAGUAAAUUCGGAAACAGAACCUCCAGCUACAUGCUUGAUCUCGGAUACGUUCUUCGUGUGGGGAUCUGUGAUUGCCAGGAAACAUAAUCUCGUCCAUGUUUCUUUCUGGACCGAACCAGCUUUGGUCCUCACUCUCUAUUACCACUUGGACCUCCUCAGGCAAAAUGGCCAUUUCGCCUCUCCUGUGAAUCGCAGGGACAACAUAGAUUACAUUCCAGGAGUUAAAGCUAUCGAGCCCGGAGACCUGAUGUCAUAUCUUCAAGCCACCGACAUUUGGACGGCGGUGCACCAGGUAAUUUACAAGGCUUUUGACGAUGUGAAAAGAGCCGACAUCAUAAUUUGCAACACCAUCCAAGAGCUGGAGCCGGAAACAAUCUCAGCCCUUAAUCGCAAACAGCCAACCUAUGCCAUUGGGCCCGUCUUCCCAGCUGGCUUUACCAAGGGCAAUGUAGCAACUAGUUUGUGGUCUGAGUCAGACUGCACUCAGUGGCUUAACGAUAAGCCUGAUGGGUCAGUUUUGUACGUCUCAUUCGGGAGCUAUGCUCACACCAGCAAACAAGACAUUCUUGAAAUGGCCCAUGGGCUCUCAUCAAGUGGGGUGAGUUUUAUUUGGGUGGUUCGUCCAGACAUUGUCAGCUCCGAUGAAACUGAUUUCUUGCCCGUUGGAUUUGAAGACCAGAUUAAAGAUCGUGGUCUGAUUGUACCGUGGUGUUGCCAGAUUGCGGUGAUAUCACAUCCUGCGAUCGGGGGUUUCUUAACUCAUUGCGGAUGGAAUUCGAUAUUGGAAAGUAUAUGGUGUAGCGUGCCGUUGGUUUGUUAUCCACUGGUUACUGAUCAAUUCACCAAUCGUAAGUUGGUGAUCAAUGAUUGGAAAAUUGGAAUUAACCUUUGUGACAAGCAGGCGAUCACUAGGGAUGAGGUCGUGGAGAAAAUUAGUCUUUUAAUGAAUGGACAAGUUUUGGAUGAGUUGAGAGCGGCAAUCAAGGAAGUCAGAAAGAAAUUAGAACUUGCACUGUCCGCAAAUGGAUCAUCGGAGGGCAACUUCCAUCAGUUUGUGGAGAAAAUCAAGACCCAAAUGCGGGAGAAAGUUGGGAUAGCUGCUAACGGACACCUUUCUUCUCGUUGACACAUGCUUGACAAAGGGUAUAUUGCGUUCUGCCUUGAGUUUCGGAAGCAAUGAAGGUUGGGAGCAAUUUUUUUUAAAAAAAAAAAAUUAUCUUCUCCCCUCUCCUCACGUCCUUGUUUCCUCUAACUGUCAUUUUAGAAUUUGAAGCUGGCAGAACCAACUCCGAUGGUUAUGUGGAAUUAUUGUUUGAUUAUUCUUAAUAGCACAAGUCUAGGUAAUAAAGCGAUUAUAUGCUAUAUAUGUUACGAUACAAAAGACGAAAUUAGUUUUUUUUUUCCUAAUGUUUGGUUUAGAGUAAACAUGGCGAUAUGGCAUGGUAUUAUUAUUUUUUUUAAUUUAAAGGAAGAUCUCAUUAGUCUUUGGAAGUGUAUUAUUUCAGCUGCAAUGCAAUUGUAAUGCUGUAACAAUUUGACAAGCAGGUAUUCAUCAGGGAGUUAUGAGGAGGGUUCUCAGUA